UACUGUAAAGAACUUAUUUUUAUUCUUUACAUUUCUUCUACUACCUUAUUUCGUUUUCUGCGCCCAUUGAAGUGAAUUGGGUGUUUGUUUUUUGUUACUCUGUUUUAUACGACUUCUCUUGUUCAACUGGAUCGGAAUCCUGAGAAAAACCUUUUCCCCGAACAAAACAUUAAUGCUGAGUUUCCUUUGAGGCUCAGUCAGGAAUAAAAGAAUCCUUUUUUUAUUAGAUGUCUUGGCAUUGUCUUUUUCCUUAGUAAAUUAGAAGGACGUCAAGCCGGCCACAUCUAAUUUUGGUGUCAGAAGUGGGAUUUCUUUUUGUUUGGGGCUGAUUUUUAUUUGUUACGAUAGUGCAAAAGUAGAAGGGUGCAAACAACGGUAGUGCUGGAAGGACCUGCAGUGCCAUCCUGACAGAAGUGGCAGCAGGACAAAGGGCCAGCGUAGCAGGACUGCUGUGUGUGAGGACUUCGAGGAGGACAGUGCUUGUUGAACUGACUGUUUGAGAACUGAGACUUUCUGUGACUACGGCAAAGCCAUGGAUGCUGAGGACAUGGACGGUGCAGCCGCAAUGGCGGAAGACAUUCAAGGUGCAGGUGCUGCGGCGCCGGAAAUGGACAUUGAGGAAGGUAACCCUGUCUCACAGCUUCAGUCCCAGAUCUUGGAGUUGGGACGUAGACAUGAUGAAGUAAUGUCAGCCCUUGCAAACAUGACUAAUGUUCAUACUAGAUCCUAUGUGUAUAUCCCAAGGGAGAAACAAAUUGUACCUUUCAGUGGGGAUCCAGGUAAGGACUGCCAAAAUGUUGAUGAGUUCAUUGAGGAACUGGGCAGGGUUAUAAGAGUGAGGGGGUUGAAUACUGAGGAUCAGGUAGAUUUUAUCCUCUCCCACUUAAGGGGUUCAGCACUAGAUGAAAUCAGGUUGUGUAUGGGGGGGGAGGAUAAGUCAGCUGAAGACCUGUUCUCAUAUUUGAGGGCAGCUUUCAGGGAAAAGCGUAGCACCUCCCAGUUGUUGCACACAUUUUAUGCACGAAAACAAUUGGAAGGUGAGGAUUUUCGUGAUUUUUCACAUGCACUGUCAUUGAUGUUAAAUGCUGCACUGCAACAAGCACCACAUUGUGUUCCAAAUGUGCAGUUGGUUUUGAGAGACCAGUUUAUAGAAGGGGUGAGGGAUUCAGCACUCCGGAGGGAACUGCGCAAGGUGGUCAGAGAGCGACCUCAUGCUACAUUAUUCGAAGUUCGUGAGGAGGCCCUUUUGUGGUGCUCAGAAGAGAGACCUCGUCCAGCUAAUGUGGCCCGAAACCGAAACCUAGUGAGUGGGGAGGAAAGUGCAGAGCAUGCAAGGAUGACCGCCACUGUACCAAAUGACUUGACUGUAGCCCUACAAGAGGUAAUUAAGGUAAUUACACAGCAAGGGAAAGCAAUCGGGGACCUUACCAACGCUGUCCGUGAUCUCACGAUUCAGAGGGCUGACCCAACUUGUGAGAAACCUAGUAAGCCCAAGUUUAAGCCAAGGUAUACCCGGGAUGGCCAACCCAUUUGUUUGAGAUGUGAGGGCGUUGGGCACAUAGCCAGGCAAUGCACUGGGCAGCGCUUCCAGGAAAACCCUGUGCCAUCUACGCCUGAGUCUCCGGUUCCGGGAAACUGUGCGCCUCCAUUGCGAAGAGCCGAGCAAUGAGAGGUGGCACCGAUGAUUCAAAGACU